CCCACAUACCGCGAGUGAUACUAAAGAACUAAAGAGCGAGCGGGGCUGGGCGCAAAAAGUUGAACGAGAGACGAGUGUGUGCGUGAGUGCGUGAACGAAGGAGAGUGUGUGCUGGGUCAAGUAGCUUUCUUGGCGGUGUGUCUUGCAGGCAAACUCCAAGAAGUAGAAAGAACAAGAGGCUGCAGGAGAACGUGCCAGAGAUAGAGCUGAUGUACUGGUUGUGGUGCCUAUGCCAAGGCGAAGAUGCUGAGGCGGCGCCGCCCGCCCAACAUUGAGCCCAGCCAGAGCCGCUCGUCGCCGCCGAGCCAUGACAGAGGCGUCUGACCUUGGUAACUAUUUGGUAAGAGUAAGGGCACAGGUAAUGACCAGAGAUGAUAGUUCUGGAGGUUGGGUACCACUCAGUGGAGGAGGUCUAGCUAAUGUUUCGGUACGACGAAGAGUACACUCUUCAAACAAUCAGAGUAGCACAAGCAACAGUAAUGGGGAUUCAACAACAUCCUUGGCCAGUUCUGAACCUUCCAGUAUCAACUCGAUAAAUAAUGGUAGCCAAGAUCAUGGGUCAUCCAAUACAUCUCCACCUGGUGCACCUAAAGAGAAGCAUGAAUAUCUUAUAUAUGGAAAGAGGAUUACAGAUCAGUCUGUGGUCCUUAGCUGUAUAAUCAAAAAGGAUUUUGAGUACAACAAAGUGAUGCCAACAUUUCAUCAUUGGCGUACAGGAGAGAAGAAAUUUGGACUGACUUUUCAAACAGCUGCAGAUGCACGCGCCUUCGACAAAGGCGUUCGGACUGCAGUCGAGGAAUUAUUAGAAGGAUUGGCGGAACAAUCGCCGGUGUCUGAUGACCAUGGUCAAGCAGAUGGCGGCGACGAAGACGACGUGUUCAUGACGUUAAACUUGCCAGCGGAACCACCAGAACUACGGCAAGACGCACAAAUAUCGGGAGUGGUGCGAGUGACGAAUUACAACAGUUCGCCACAAUCGCUGCCGGAGCAUUAUUUGAGCGGCGGCAAAAUGCCGCCGCCACUGCCGCACGAACCAACCGCUGACAUUGCUUCUGAUAAUUACCCGUACGUGCAGCUUACGUCGCUCAAUCACGAGUACCUUUAUCCGGUGAUCGACGAGCAACAGCACCAUCAACAUCAUAAGCCAACCGAUAGGCUAGACAGGACCAAUUCUACGGGUUCACUUAAGAAGCCCGAUAUUCUCGUAUCUAAGCCAACGAAGCAAGCGUUGGCGGCGACGACGACGACGACGAUGAGUUUCGCGAGCGGCAAAGAAGCAACGAGAUCGGUAGUGAGCGGCAGCGGCAACGCGAGGUAUCGCUGCAGGCACUGCCAAGAAUUAUACAGCGAGUCGAAUAAUCCGCGCGGUGCAUGCGAAUACGCGCCGGAUCCGGUGAAGAAUGGCAUUGCCACGGUCUCGUGUCUGUCGUGUGCCCAGUGUAUGCUCUAUCACUGCAUGAGCGACGCCGAGGGAGACUUCAAUCAGAGUCCGUGCAGCUGCAUAGCCGAGGAGGAUUGCGGCAAGCGCUGGCUGGGCAUGAGUUUGCUGUCGUUGGUGGUGCCGUGCCUAUGUUUUUACCCACCGCUGCGAGCGAUCCACUGGUGCUCCACGUCGUGCGGGCUAUGCGGCGGACGGCACCACCCGAUGGAAUAACCGGAGGGACCCUUUGAUAUCUCUGCAACGUUCUCUGCCUACGUCGGCGAACAGCGCCCGGAGCAGCGACAGCCAUUGGUCGUAGCCAAUGUCUACGAGGAGCACCACUUGGGCAUGGCACGAUGCGAGAGAUACCAAAGGGCCAGGCAGCUACAACCGGUACAUCCCAUCGUUCAUCGGCCUCGUCUAUAAGCCGACCACACACGCGACAAUUGGCUUUUCUAAUGCUCCUUUCUCUUUCUGCCACUACAGAUCGUGCAAACCCAACUGUUGUUUUGCAUUACUGUCACGCAUGACUAUAUAGCUUUCGGGUACUUUCUCGGUAUUUGCAUACUGUGUAUGUUACGUAAACGUAUACGGACGAAUGAAGCUUCGAUUGCAAAUAUUUUUCAUGAAUCCGCGUUACGUGACGUUGUUAUACCUCGUCUGUACAGUUCUACAUAGAAUGUGCAAACUUUUUAUUAGAAAAAAAGGAGAUAACCUACUAUUUUUCAGUGUACAAACUGUGUCGCGUCCCAAACCAAUACCAUUGACCAAUACAUUUUUUUUGAGCUUUCGGGAUUUUCGCCGUUUAAUGUAUGCAAAGACCGUAAUACACGCAUGCACGUGCACACACACACACGCGCACACACACACACGCGCGCGCGCGCACACACACACAUGUACACACGGGACGGAAUUGGCAAAAGCAUUUAUCUCACUACAAAAAAAAAACACGACAACGUACUAAACUUGUAUAUUCUGUAUGUUUUGUAUAUUUUGUUAUGAGACUAUCGUAAGGAUGAUGGUAUAUAACUUUUUUGAAUCAUUAUAUUUUAAAGUCUAUAACUCGAAAGUUAUGACGAAAGCGUGCGCCGAGUCGUAAAUUGUUUGUUUUUCUAUUUUUGUGAGACUUGACGUCGCGAUAGAAGAGAAAUUUUUUUUAGAAACAAUCUUGCCCGUAUGGUGAUGAAGGUUAACCCUUGAUUAGAAAGACCGUAGGUAGUUUGUGACCGAUAAACGACGCAUUCGUUUUCAUCUUUUUUUUUGUGUAAAUUAUUUAAAGUGUAUGAUACGAGGAAAAUAUUACUUCGGUCAUAUAGUACUCACGGUUAACUCACAAAGUCGGUGCUCUUUCUGGGGUCACCGAUUCGCUUAUAAUUUUCGAGAAUUUUUCUUUUAAUACCUAAAAAUAAAAGAAAAUUGUUUUUUGUUUCUCCAAAGUUACAGGCAAAUCUGCAACCUACGGAUAUCGCACCUUCCUUGUCAGUUAUAUUACAAUUUUGUAGUAUGUUAAAUAAAGUAUUUUUAUAUACAAUUGAAUUUUAAAAUGUUACUUUGUGAAAUGUUACAAAUUUAACUUGAAUAGUGAAUAUUUUGAAGCAAUCCUAUAAUGUGAAAUUCGAAAAGUUUUAAAUACAAGCAUAACAUUUUUGAUUUAAGUAACGAAACAAAAUAGAUUAGUCUAUUUCUUGUCCGUACUUUUGUUGUUCAAUCUAAUGGAGGGUUAAGUAUUGAAUAAUAAAAAAAUUUUACCAAUGCUUAGAUAACUAUAACUGUGUAAGAUGAAUCGUUUGUCUGAAUAGCGAAUAAUAUUUUAAAUGUUAAGGAUGUAAUUCUUCCUUUGAAUAUUUGAAAACGAGUAACAGAACUCCAUUUAAGUCCUUGUAUAUAUGACUAAGGGCUUCAUGCGAGUCGAGUUUGUAUAAAUCUUUCAAAUUUCAUACUCGACAUUUGUUAUAUUGUAAAUAAUCGGAUUACGCUUAGCAAUGUUUGAAUUGAGAAAAUUAAUACUUAAUCAAUUGGUGGGUUGACAGUAACAGGAACACACACGCGUGUGUGCGUGUGUAGGUGUGUGAGUGAGUGUGGGUGUGUGUCUGUGUGUAUAAAAUGAAUGUUAAUGAUGAAAAUAAAUUAGAGUAAUUUUUUUCAGUGUAAAGUAUUUUUUUAACAAAAUAAUUAUAUAAAAAAAGCAAAAGAAAAAAAACAAACACACAGAUAAACACGCGUAUAAAAUGCAUUUACAUUUCGUGAGCAAGCGGAAACCGGAAGCGCGCGAGAGACAUCGAUUCAAUUAUCGCUUGUAUACGUUUGGGGAAAUUUCGAAGGAUUCGCGUGCUUUAGUUCGACUAAUAGGUGAAUAUUAUACACUAACAUAUGCUACAUAUUUGUAUAUCGUUAUGGAUAACGAUAUUUAAUCAAUAUUAUCAUGUAUUUCCUGUCAAUGACAGAAAUUGUUCAUAUUCCUCUGUAGGAUCUUUGUAUUUUUGUUGUUGUUGUUGUUUUGUUCAUGCCACAAAAAGCUACAGUAAAUAAGCAAGCAGGUAUACCCACGUACAAUUUUUAUGGUUUUUUUUACAAAGUAACAAUUCUCAAACUGUCGAAAAAAAUGAAAUAAAUGGAACAGAAAUAUCCGUUUCCCGCGAGGCUCGCCAAGCGUCUUUUGUAUAUAACUAUUAUAGAUAAAACUUUAACAGUAUUUUUAAUUAAUUUAUGUAUGAAUUACGGAGCCGUUCAAUUUUUGCGUGUGCGCGCGCGUGUGCGUGACACGCGCGUGUGAGUUUUCAGUCUGGUGCUUGCGUUCGCAUCCACGCUCUAUAUAUAUUAUAUACAUCAACUACGAUGAAACGGCAAAAAAAUCCGACGUAACAACGAAUUUUGUUCACACGCAUGUGUAUUCGGCUUUUGAUUGUGAAUGAUUGCGCGAAUAUGUGUACAUAUUUUUUUUUCAAAUUGUGAUAAAUUGAGCAACCUAUAAAACGAUGUUUCUUGGAAUAUCAGUCGACUUUUUAAUACUGUUUUGCUUUAGUAUAUAUCAGUGCCUGCGACUAUUUUUUUAACGAACUUCUUUUGUCUGUAAAAAGCAAAUGUGAUUGGAAAUCAAGUUGUCAUUAUUAAAUCUACGAAAUGUUUGCUCGUGAAGAUCAAUGUGAAUUUAUUUUUGCUACACCCCCCGCGUAACGAAAAGCUUGUUAGUGUCACUUUGCAAUUGUUCAAUGUAUUUUACUCUUAUUAAGAAACAAUUUUUAACAAUUUUUGCGUUAACGAAAGCAAUCUCGUUUUUUUUACAGUCUGAUUUUUCCUUUGAAUAUACUGGUAGUCUAAUAUUUGCGUAUGUACAUAGAAAAUUUUAAUUCUUUCAUAUUUACACACUCAUUGCCGGUCAUUAAGCACGUAUUGAAAGUAAAUAAAGAAGGAAGGACCUCUUUUGCAAACCGGUUAGUAUCUUUGACUUUAUCACUUUUUUACAGUUUUUCUAUUUUUUGUGGUGCGGAGCUUCCAGGCUCCUACUAUCGACGACGCGCAUGAUAUCUUUACCUUAUUUGACACAAUCCUAUAUAACAAUUUCGUUCAAUCGUUUGUUAUUUCGUCUUGACUACAUAAAGGUGUUUUCGUAUUAUUUAUUCAAAGAGCCAACACACCUUUCUUUCUCUUUCACUCAUUGUUCAGCACAAGAUACUUUAAACAGGAGAUGGUUACCUUGACGGCGAUACAUUAUUGUAAGGAGACUGGUAGCCAAAUGUGUUAGGAAGAAAGGAAAAAACAAUGAUAUACGUACACUGUGUAAUUUAUCACAUUUCUUCAAUCGUGUAAAUACGAGAUAUGUUGUUCAACUGCCAUAUAAAUGAAGUUUAGUUGAAAAUCGCGCGAACGUUUGUAAGGUAUCAAUUGUUUUACCGACUUUCUCACUGAACGACUACGGAAUCGGACUACAAGCGAGUAUUGCUAUAUCGUUUUCUACUUGACAAACAUUCACACGAUUGAUCAACAAGUUCAUUGUUGUUCUCGCGAUUGUAAUUCUAUUGCGCACACCUAGACACAACUAUUCUUUAUUUUACGAGACAACAAAAGUACAAAAAAACAAUCUAUUUUUCUCAUUCUUGUCCUUUGUAAUGAUUACUCGUCAUAACGCAGUAAAUCCAUCAUCACAAUAAUUAUACAAUACAAUGUGAAUGCUCGUGCGACGAGUGCGGAUGUGGUGAUAACGUCGUUGCCUCCGUGUAUGAGUGGUGAAAAAAGAAUAAAUCCAACGAAUUAACGUAAAACGUAGCGAAUGAUUGCGAAUGAGAGCGUACGUCACUUACAAUGUGUCUAUAAUUAAAUAUAAAUAUCGAACGAGAAACGAUACAAAGAUUCGUGAACAAUCGUUUUAACUUAUUGAGGAAAAAAUGGGGCAGGAGACGAACGAAGAUAAUAAUUGUUGACACCCAAGAUUAAAUAUACGUGUAUACAAAUUAAACUAUAUGAAUACAAAAUACGAGCAUUAACUUUGAAGAUUCAUUAAAAUCUGAUACAGAUGUUAAAGUUUUUCUUGCGUCACGCGCUGCUACGCAUCGAAUGAAACGAAAAUAAGAAAAAAACCUAUUAGUAAUGCAAGGUGAAUAGAACUUUUGUUCGUCUGAAAAAAGUGGGCGUUGCAAGAGUUUCAAUCUGAAGAAAUACAUUAUAUCAUAAAUGUCUAAAAAAAACCUUGUAUUGCUGUAAUUAAAUUGACGAUAAA